CCGGAGAAGGGAGAAAGCAGGCAGGCCGAGCCGCUCUGACACAGGCUCCGGCUGCCCAAUCCCGCGGCGCCGAGGGCCUGGUUCGCAACCAAAGGGAGGGAGCUGCCUUGCCGAAGCGGGGCGGGGGCUGCAGCCUCUCAAGAGGCGGAGGCGCCGGCGCACGAAGCCGGCUGGAAGGAGGGAAGGUAGGGGAGAGGGGGUUGGCGUUGCUGCCGUGUCGUGCCGCCAUGGCCGCCUCGCCCUGGCUGCGCUGGGGCCCAUGGCUGCUGCUGCUGCUCCUUGCCGCCCCCCUGGCCUCCUUGUGGGGCAGCCCGGCGGAGGAGGGCGGAGGCGGGGCGAGGGCCGCGGAAGGAGGAGGCGGAGGACGGGACGCAGAACCCGGCGGGGCCCAGGCCGACGAGCAGCAGCACCACGACUCGUCCUACGGCACCUUCGCCAGCGAGUUUUACGAUAUGCGCUUCCUCUCCGAGGAGGGCUAUCCUUUUCCUACUGCCCCUCCAGUGGAUCCAUUUGCAAGAAUUAGAGUGGAUGACUGUGGAAAAACAAAAGGCUGCUUUAGGUAUGGUAAACCAGGAUGUAACGCAGAGACUUGUGAUUACUUUCUCAGUUAUCGCAGAAUAGGAACUGACAUAGAGUUUGAGUUGAGUGCUCAGACAGAUGGUUGGGUGGCCGUAGGAUUUUCCUCAGAUAAGAAAAUGGGUGGAGAUGAUGUCAUGGCUUGUGUUCAUGAUGACAAUGGAAGAGUCAGAAUUCAUCACUUCUACAAUGUUGGUCAAUGGGCAAAAGAAAUUCAAAGGAAUCCUGCAAGGGAUGAAGAGGGUAUUUUUGAAAAUAAUCGUGUAACAUGUCGAUUCAAGCGUCCUGUGAAGGUUCCCAGGGAUGAAACAAUUGUAGAUCUUCAUCUGAGCUGGUAUUAUUUAUUUGCUUGGGGGCCAGCAAUUCAAGGUUCUAUAACUCGGCAUGACAUAGAUUCUCCUCCAGUCUCAGAGAGGGUGGUCAGUAUUUACAAAUAUGAAGACAUUUUUAUGCCAUCAGCUGCCUAUCAGACCUUCUCUUCUCCAUUCUGCUUGCUGCUUAUCGUUGCACUGACAUUUUAUUUAUUGAUGGGAACUCCAUGAUGAGAAAUACAGCACUUGCAGUAAACUGAGACAAUUUGUGAGUUUUGCUCAGGAUGGGAGCCUUUUUGUAUUAGAAUUUUUAUUGCUGGAAACCUUGUAAUUUAUUGACAGCUUCUGCUCCUUAAAGGACAAAAUUGUGAGCUCACUCUUGACUGAGCCAUAGAUAUGUGCCAAAUAAUCAUGACAUUUUGAAACAAAUGUAAUGGACUGAACACUUAUAAAAAAAGAUAUACCAUAGCUUGUUUUAUGAAAAUUGAGGUUGUGUUCCUAAAAACACUUAUUAAGGAUAAAGUUUCAGGAAUAUUCAGAGUAAAUCUGCACAGGACAGCACUAUACAAAACUGUAGUAGAAAACAUCUGACCUAUGGGUACAAUCCAGCUCAUGGAUUUUCCCUAUUUGGCCUGAAAUCAAGACCACCCCAUGGAUAAGGAGUUGGAAUGAAACAGGUUUAUCUAGCACUUGUUUUAAUUAAGAGCAACCAACUUAACUCCUUGCCCUUCCUUCCUGCAUAAAGGAGGAGGAAGAGAAAAAUUGGUAUCCUGCUGAACAUCAGGAGGAAGAAAUUGGGACCUGAUGAUGAUAUGAAGCAGGACAAGUCCCCAAAUGACACCUGCCAUGGACAGAAUCCAGUCCCCACAUUUUAGUUCUCAAGCUCUUUUUAAAGCGGUGGGUAGGAUCUUAGUAUGCAGGUGGCUCUCCGUUGUCAUGGAUUCUACAUCCACAGAUUCUGCUAUCCAUGCUUGAAAAACAUUUCUUUAAAAAUCAAGAAGGCAAACUUUGAUUUUGUCGUGUUAUAUAAGGGGCAUCAUUUUACUGUAUCACUGUAUAUAAUGGUUCUUAAUCCACCAAUUUUAGUAUCUAUGGGGGUCCUGGAGUCACACUCCUGUGGGUACUAAGGGACCACUGUAUUCUGGGAAUGUGUACAAUUGUCAGCCAGCAGAGAAGGCUCAAUCCAUUAAUGGGUUAAUUCCUGUUGCUAUCUACCUAGUCCAGAUAGCAACAGACAAGCUAGAAGUAAUGCAGCAAAAAUACUGCACUUCUUAAAAUGAACCUAAAAUAGUCCUCAUCUUUUGCUGCUUCAGUUCUUCUUGUAUUACCUAAGAGAGGUCUUACGUCUGUCUAUUCCACUUUAUGUGCCCUUAUUUCUGUCAUUUAAAUCUCUCUUGUUUCCCUUCUUCAUUCUUUUCAGAAAGCAUCCCUAAAAUAUUCUUUCGAUUUAGGAAAGGAAGAAGGGUCAGACACCGAUGACCAAAAAACAAACAAGGGAGGGACAUUUCAGUUUUAAUGAUAUUGUAUCUUCCAGGAAUAUGCCAUGGUGUAAUACUCUAUAUCCUAAACUUAAAACGUCUGCUCAUGUUGCCCCCACCCUCCUGAUUUCAAAGAUCUCAUUAAGUCAGGGUGGACUCACCUAUGCAGGUAGAAAAGGUAUAAAUAUAACUUCAAAAUUAUACAACCGGAGGCAAUUGAAUUUCACACAUUCCCUGUUAUUGAUAGCACAGUUUCUGCUGUCAUUUCAGGUGCUCUGGCAUCUAAUCAAAGUGAUUUUCUUAAGUGAGGCCCCUUGUGGGGAGAAGGGCGGGGUAGAAAUGUACGAAAUAAAUCUGUAUCUAUAUCUUUAUCUAUAUCUAUAUCUAUCUAUCUAUCUAUCUAUACAUAUAAUAAAAGUCAAAGUUUGUAUGCAGAGGACAAAAGUGUGGCGGUGCGACGGGAGGAGUAUGUGCCAGUGUUCUGAUUGGCUGCCGCUGUGGUGCUAUUUGCAUAUGGUCUCUUAUUGCCCAGCUUCAAUAGGAGCCCCUGGUGGAGAAAAGAGUUCAUGACAAAAACGGGGACAUGAGAAGGAAAUUUGCAUAUGAUCUCUGAUUGGCCAGCCUCAAUUCCAAGAUUCCGAGAUGACAAAGAGAGGAAAGGAAAAGGCUAGGGGCUGAGUCAGAAAAUUACCAAUACAGACCAAACUUGGCACACAGAGCCUGCAAGACCCACUCUACAUCCUACUGCAACCAUGGAUGAUGGGACUUGCAGUACUACCACUCACAUUCUGAGACCACUGUGAACCUCAUCCAGUGACUGAUCAGGACCAAACUUUGCACAUAGACCUCUCAUGACCCACCUUACGUCCUGGUGUGGUUUGGCUGGGGAUGGACCAUGGAUUAUUUAUUUAUUUAUUUAUUUAUUUUGCUUAUAUACCGCUGUUCUCAGCCCGGGGGCGACUCACAGCGGUGUACAACAUAGAAAGAACAAAAUUCAAAACACAGUAUAAAAAACAAUUCGUAUAAAAAACAAUCCGGCAUUAUACAAAAACAUCAUCAUUGCUAUGAAACCAUUCAGCGUCGUCUCAUCGUCCAAAUCACAAUCCAGUAUCAUUUUCCGUUGUUCCAUUCCUAUAGUCAUUACCAAUCAUUGCACUUCUUGUUCGAACGCCUUCUUGAACAACCAAGUCUUUAAUUUCCUGCGGAAUAUCAUCAAGGAAGGAGCCAGUCUAAUGUCCACGGGAAGGGUGUUCCACAGCCGAGGAGCCACCACCGAGAAGGCCCUAUCUCUCGUCCCCGCCAGCCGUGCUUGUGAAGCGGGUGGGAUCGAGAGCAGGGCCUCCCUGGAAGAUCUCAAAGUCCUGGUGGGCUCAUACGCCGAGAUGCGGUCGGAUAGGUAUCUUGGGCCGGAACCGUUUAAGGCCAACGCCAGCACCUUGAAUUGAGCCCGGUAGCAAAUCGGCCGCCAGUGGAGCUGGUACAGCAAGGGGGUUGUAUGCUCCCUGCGUCCCGCUCCUGUUAGUAUCAUGGCUGCCGCACGUUGGACCAAUUGAAGCUUCCGGGCCGUCUUCAAAGGCAACCCCACGUAGAGAGCGUUGCAGUAAACGGGAUGUGACCAGAGCGUGGACUACCGUGGCCAAGUCAGACUUCCCAAGGUACGGGUGCAGCUGGCGCACGAGCCUCAGCUGUGCGAAUGCUCCCCUGGUCACCGCCGAGACCUGGGGCUCCAGGCUCAGUGACGAAUCCAGGAUCACACCCAAGCUGCGAACCUGCGCCUUCAAGGGGAGUGCGACCCCAUCCAGCACAGGCUGUAACCCUAUACCCUGUUCGGCCAUGCGACUGACCAGGAGUACCUCUGUCUUGUCUGGAUUAUGGGACUUGCAGUACCUUUGCUCAAUUCUUGAGACCACUGCAACCCUCAUCCAAUUACCGAUAAAGACCAAACUUGGCACACUGAGUCUCCAUGAUGCACUCUACAUCCUGGUGCAGUUUGGAGGGGGAUGCACCAUGGACGAUGGGACUUGCAAUACCUGCACUCCCUUCCUAAGACCAUUACAACUGCCAACAAUGAUGGAUCAGGUCCACAAUUUACACAGAGAGCCCGCAUGACCCAUUCUACAUCCUGGUGCAGUUUGGAAGAAUUUGACAAUGGAUGAUGGGACUUGCAGUCACUUCACUCACUUCCUGAGACCACUGAGACCCUCGCCAAUGACUGAUAAAGACCAAACUUGGCACACAGAGUCCCCAUGACCCACUCUACAUCAUGCUGCUGUUUGGAGGAGGGUGGACCAUGGAUGAUGGGACUUCAGGUACCUUCACUCACUUCCUGAAAACAAUGCAGCCGUUAUCCAAUGACCAAUAAGGACUAAACUUGGCAUACAGAGCCCCCAUGACCCAUUGGAGGAGGGUGGACCAUGGAUGAUGGGACUUCAAGUACCUCCACUCCCUUCCCAAGAUGGCUGCAACCCUCAUAUAAUGUCCAAUCAAGACAAAACUUGGCACACAGAGCCCCCAUGACCCACUCUAGAUCCCGAUGCUGUUUGUAGGAGGAUGGAUGAUGGGACUUGCAGUACCUUCAUUCACUUCCUGAAACCACAGCAACACUUAUCCAAAUACCAAGAAAGACCAAACUUGGCACAGAGAGCCCCCUUGGCCAACUCAACAUUCUGGUGAGGUUUGGGGGAGAAAAGACUAUGGAUGAUGGGACUUCCAAUACCUUACCUCACUUCCUGAGACCAAUGAUUGAUCAAGAUCACACUUGGCACACAGAACCCUCAUGAACCACUCUCCAUCCUGGUGCAGUUUGGAGGAGGAUGGACCACAGAUGAUGGGACUCGCAGUACCUUCACUAACUUCCUGAGACCACUGCGAGCCAUAUAAAUAACUGAUAAAGACCAACUUUAAUAGACAAUUCCUUUCUCAAAUAACCCGGGCAGCUCCGGGUCCCCAAGCUAGUAUAUAAUAAAAGUCAAAGUUUGUAUGCGGUGGAAGGACGUAGGGUGGAGGAGUUUGUGGCAGCUUUCUGAUUGGCUGCCACUGUGGUGCUAUUUGCAUAUGAUCUCUGAUUGGCCAGCCUCAGCAGGACCUGUGGCGAAGAGGGUUAAUGAGAGAAGCGGGGACAUGAGAGAAGGAAAUUUGCAUAUGGUUUCUAACUGGCCACCCUCAGCAGCAGCCCCUGGUGGCGAAGAGGGUUAAUGAGAGAAGCGGGGACAUGAGAAAAGCCUCCCACAAGGAUGGUAAAACAUCAAAACAUCCUGGCGUCCCCUGGGUAACGUCCUUGCAGACGGCCAAUUCUCUCACACCAGAAAAGUUUCUCAAGUUGCUCCGGACAUGACAAAAAAAAACCUCAAAAAACCAAAAAAACAUUCUAACAUUCUCAAAUGGAUGAGAAGAGAAAGGAAAGGGCCUGAGGGAUUUGCAUUACCUUCACUCACUUGACAUCCUACUGCAGUUUGGAGGAGGAUGGACCAUGGAUUAUGGGACUUGCAGUACCAUCACUCACUUUCUGAGACUGCUGUGACCUUCAUCCAAUGACUGAUCUACACCAAACUUGGCACAUAGACCUCUCAUGACCCAAGCCCUGGUGUGGUUUGGCUGGGGAUGGACCAGGGAUUAUGGGACUUGCAGUAUCUUCGCUCAAUUCCUGAGACCACUGCAACCCUCAUCCAAUUACUGACAAAGACCAAACUUCGCACACUGAGUCUCCAUGAUGCACUCUACAUCCUGUUGCUGUUUGAAGGAAGAUGCACCAUGGACAAUGGGACUUGCAAUACAUGCACUCCCUUCCUGAGACCAUUACAACUGCCAACAAUGAUGGAUCAGGAUCACAAUUCACACAGAGAGCCCGCAUGACCCAUAUCUACAUCCUGGUGCGGUUUGGGAAAAAAUUGGAGAUGGAUGAUGGGACUUGCUGUAACUUCAGUCACUUCCUGAGACCACUGAGACCCUCGCCAAUGACUAAUCAAGACCAAACUUGGCACACAGAGCCCCCAUGACCCACUCUACAUCCCGGUGCUGUUUGAAGGAGGACGGACAAUGGAUGAUGGAACUUGAAGUACCUUCACUCACUUCCUGAAACCACAGCGACACUCAUCCAAAUACCAGUAAAGACCAAACGUGGCACAGAGAGCCCCCAUGGCCAACUCAAUAUCCUGGUGAAGUUUGGGGGAGAACAGACUGUGGAUGAUGGGACUUCAAGUACCUCCACUCACUUCCUGAAACCACAGCGAC